UCCCGCAGCCGGCAGCGGCGGCGGCACCGGGCGGGAUGAGCGAGCGCAGCCCCCAUGACCCCCCCUCCGCGGCGGAGGCCCCCGGUGGGCAGCAGCAAGCCAAGGCCGGUGACCCCAAGAAGGAGGAAGAGGAGGAGGAGGAGGAGAUCGACAUCGACCUGAGCGCGCCCGAGACGGAGCGCGCCGCGCUCGCCAUCCAGGGCAGGUUCCGCAAGUCCCGGCAGCGGAAGAAGGAGCCGCGGCCCUGAGGGGGUCCCGGGACCCCCGAUCCCCCUGGGGACCCCGCGGGCAGGGCCCGGGGGGGCUCGGCCCUUCCCUGCCCCGAGCCGGGACCCCGAGUGACACGGGAGGGGGGGUUUAGGGGGGACACAGCCGGGUGUCCCCUCAGGGGAGGUGGCCCUCGUGAGAGGGGGUGGCGUGGAGCCCCCCGUUUUCCUGGGAACCCCCAUUUUCCAUGGGAGUCCCCGUUUUCCAUGGGAAUCCCCCAUUUCCCUGUCCUGUGGUGGCGCUGGGGACACGCGGGGGGGGGACACGCCUGUGUCCCCAAAGGAGGGACACGGGUCCCGCUGCAGCCCCCACGCCAGGAAAUCGGGGCUCCCCAUCCUCCUGUCACCGUCACCGCCCCCUCCCCACCCUCCUGUCCCUGUCCCUGUCACUGUCCCCCCCCCCCC